AUGGAUACUACCAAUACCACUGCUCCUGCUGAUGCUAAAUCAGCCAGAAUCGUGCACAUGGCCCCAUCUUCCUCCUCAAUGUCACUAUCAUCACCCGCCAACAAUACCAACAACACCCGUCUAGUCCCCCACAAGAUAAAAUACGACAUACACUCAUUCUCCUCCCACUCGGCCUCAUACCACCCUAAACACAUCCAAACAAACAAACCGAAUGAUCAGGGCUCGCGCUGGUCGUCUGGCUCAAACAACCAGUCACAAUUCAUUAAUAUCAAACUAGACAAGAUGUCGAUCGUCCAGACAAUCACGUUUGGCAAAUAUCAUAAGGUUCAUGUCUGUAAUCUGAAAGAGUUCAAGGUGUUUGGAGGGUUGACGCCAGAUAAUAUGAUUGAGUUGCUGCAUUCAGGGCUGAGGAAUGAUACAGAGUCUGAGACCUUCUCGCUAAAGUACAAGGUUAACAAUGUCGUAUUCCCUUGCUUGUAUAUCAAGAUCCUUCCAUUGCUAGCCUGGGGUGCCAACUUUAACUUUUCCAUCUGGUUUGUCGAGUUACGUGGAUUAUCGCAGCCAGAAGUUGUAGAAAAGGCUUAUUGGGACUAUGUCAAUUACCGAGAACACGAAGUCGUCAGACUAUGUCUAAAACACUUUAGACAACGAAACUAUCUAGACACGUUCUCAUCACUUCAGCAACGAUCCCACAUACAAUUAGAAGACUCUCUACUAUCUGAACUCCACAAAUCUCUAGUCUUGAAUGGCGAUUUCGGUCAUGCAGAGGAAUUGUUUGCUCAAGCCGCUGAACGAGAACUCUUUCACGAGCAUAUAUCGGGCUGUGAUUAUACUCCCUUCUGGAAGAAGAUUGCGUCGGAUGAGGAAUCACCUUGUAUGAGAGGUGGUCAUCAAAUGACGAUUGAUGUGGAGAGUGGUAUCAUUUAUUUGAUUGGUGGAUGGGAUGGGCAACGGGAUUUGGCUGAUUUCUGGGCCUUUGAUCAGAAUACGAGACGGUGGACUUGUAUAAGUGCUGAUACGACAAGAAAUGGUGGACCAGGACCGAGAUCAUGUCACAAGAUUUGUUGGGAUCCAAAGACAAGAUCAGUCUAUCUGCUGGGUCGAUAUGUAGAUCCAGAUAACCGACCCAAUGUCAACCUAGAAUCAGAUUUUUGGAGAUAUGAUGUCGCUGCUGGAAAAUGGAUUCGUAUCAGUGCCAACACUGCUGCUGACGGAGGUCCAGAACUCAUCUAUGAUCAUCAGAUGUGUGUGGAUCCAGACCCACAGGUCUUGUACGUGUUUGGUGGUAGAGCCAUUGGACCUGAUGCAUCACAGACUAUAUACUCUGGAUUGUAUGCUUACUAUAUUGCCCAAGAUCGUUGGAGAGUGCUCAGACCUGAAGGUGCUCCCGCCGAUGGUAGUGUCCAACUCCGAUCACGUAUUGGUCACUCGAUGCUCUUCAACCAUCAAACUCGAGAACUCUACAUCUUUGCCGGACAACGAAACAAGGAUUAUUUAGCCGAUCUUUACGUAUAUGAUAUUGAAAACGAUCUAGUGCAUGAAAUGUCUCGAGACUAUUCCAAGAAUGGAGGUCCAGAUGGUGGAUUUACACAACGGGCCACGAUUGACGUAGACUUGGGUGAAUUCUAUGUAUUUAGUGGAUUGAUGCGAGAAAAGGCAUCGGGUCCCCAAGCCGAGUCAGCCAAAAACUCGUUCUGGGUAUAUUCGCUACGAAAGGACAAGUGGACUCGAGUCUACUCCAACGAUAAUGUAGGAACCGAGUAUUGGGCAAGAAUGGCUGAUCGAGAACCAUGUCCGCGGUUUGCCCAUCAACUCGUAUAUGAUAAUAUCCGUAAAUCCCAAUUCCUGUUUGGUGGAAACCCUGGUGAACCAGGCCAGCCCAAUCUACGUCUAGAUGACUUUUGGGAGUUGACGCUAGUACGACCCACCACUAGUGAUGUCCUAAGACGGGCCCGUUUCCUGAUCAAACGACAACAGUUUAGAGAGUUGUGUCGAUCUGAUAAUCAGCUGGGGGCGCUUUCAUUCCUGCAACAAGAGUUGGGAGCUGUUGUCAAUCAUGCUGAUGAAAAGGAGUCGAAAGAGUUUAGAGAGUUGACUCAGUGGCUCUUCAAAUGGGGUACGUCGCCUGUAUGGAACAAUAAUAGUGGAAAUAAUGUCAGUAGUGGUGUUGUUAAAGGUGCAGAAUUGAGUGGUAUUGGAGGACUUGUUGCUAGUCCUUCGAGGGGGUCAUCAUGUCAAGGAAGAGAAGAUCCAUAUGUUGCACGAAGCACGUUAUAUGAGCAGUUAUUGGACUUUUUCCCAGAAUCUAUGCGGGAGCCUCGAGGUAAUCUUACCGAAUUGGUAUCCAUGGCCUAG